AUGAAUACUGCUAUUGUCAGACAGAUGCUAGCCAAUCGAACUUGUGUGGAAUGUGUUUUUGAAAGGAUUGAUUUAAAGAAAUCAGUAUUUGAAGAUUUGGAUGAAGUAGCAGAUGACAAUGUUAUCUUAGCCAGUUCAACAAGCUGUUUUCCAGCAUCUAAAUUCUCUGAACAUUUAAAACAUCGUUCACAGGUUAUAGUGGCUCAUCCAGUAAACCCACCUUACUAUGUUCCAUUAGUUGAAGUUGUAUCAGCACCUUGGACUAGUCCUUCUACUGUAGCUACCACGAAAAGUAUCUUGACUGAAAUAGGACAGAAACCUGUAAUAUUACAUAAAGAAAUUUUAGGAUUUGCAUUGAAUCGUAUUCAAUAUGCAAUAUUAGAUGAAUGCUGGAGAUUAGUAGAGAAUGGUGUUAUGUCUGUUGAGGAUGUUGAUGCAGUAAUGUCAGAGGGUUUAGGGAUGAGAUAUGCUUUCCUUGGUCCUUUGGAAACAGCUCAUUUAAAUGCUAAUGGAUUUUUGGAUUAUUGCGAUCGCUAUGCAGAAGGGAUAUUUAAUGUAUCCGAAACAUUUGGGCCCAAUCCAAGAAUGGAAGGUAGAUUAGCAGAAAAGGUACAUGAAGAUCUGUGUAAGAUGACUUCCUUGGAUAAAUUACCUGAGAAAAGAGCUUGGAGAGAUGAAAAUCUAGCAGUCCUCUCUAAACUUAAGCAGAAAGGAGUGGAAAGUGUUUCUCUCAAAUAAAAAUAAAAAAAAAUCUGCUACUUUGAAAAUUCAAACAUGCAAAUCAUCAAC